AUGGAAGCCAGAAGCAAGCCCCAGCUCCUCCUGCUCCUGACGCUUUCCAGUGUACUCUUCUCACAAAAUUCUGCAUGGCCUCUUUUUGGACCAUCUUCUGCUCUGAGGUUGGACGACAGAACGCCACUGGAAGGAGCGAAUGAGCAUGACCAAGUUUCAUUGAAGGCAGACACUGACAUCUUACAGAACGCGUUAGCUGAAAAUGACACACCCUUCUAUGAUGUAUCCAGAAAUGCCAGACAUGCUGAUGGAGUUUUCACCAGUGACUACAGUAGGCUCUUGGGUCAACUUUCUGCCAAAAAAUACCUUGAGUCCCUUAUUGGGAAACGGGUUAGCAGUACAAUCUCAGAAGACCCUGUGCCAAUCAAACGCCACUCUGAUGCGGUCUUCACCGACAACUACACGCGCCUUAGGAAACAAAUGGCUGUAAAGAAAUACUUGAACUCAAUUCUGAAUGGCAAGAGGAGCACUGAGGGAGAGUCUCCUGACUUUCCUGAAGAGUUAGAAAAAUGAUGAAAAAACCAUUUGGAGUCAAACUAAUGAGAAGUGAAUUCUUGAAGGAAAAUGAUAGGCAACAGUAAUUACAUUUUGAGUUCUACAUAACUAAUUCAAGAAAACAACUUCAGUAUCAAAAC